UGGAGAACCUGACCUUUUCUCUGUCGGGUCUCCGUUGUCGUUGGGGCCUAGCACCGUGGAGCGGCCUCCAGCAGGAAUGACCUGGGGCUCCAGUCGCGGAGCCUGCGGACCUACUCACCAUCGUGGAGCUGGCCGAGUUCGGAGCGGGAGGAGCUGUGGUGGCGCUCGACUGCGACCUGACCCCGGAGAUUCGGAGGCUUACCGCAGGUCUGGUGGACAGUAACACCGGGAGCCCGCGGGUCCCUGCUGGGAGACCGCUUUUCGGGGCUUCCGCAACGGCGACUUCACCUGACUGAAUUGCGGGGUUGAAGAUUACCUGGAGCAGGGCCUUACAUCAUCACCCCGCGCGGCUUGGAAUGGCCGCGGGACUUUGCUAGCACCCGCCGGGGGCUCCAACAACAAGACACGGAGCGUGGCCUUGCAUCACCCGGCGCGGCAUUAAUGGCCGUGGGACAAUUACCAUCGCCCGCCAGGGGCUUUGACUCUGACAUCGGGAGGGGAAUGGGGAGUGCAGGGGAGAGAUAAGUCUUUGCCUUCCAUCACAGCGAGGAGGAGAUGCGCUGUGAUGGAUGUUUGUGUAAAUUGUGUUGUGUCUUGGUUCUUUCUUGUGUGUAUGACCGCAGAAACAACAUUUCGUUUAAACCUCAAUGGGGUUCAAAUGACAAAUAAAUUGUAUUGUAUUGUAUUGUAUUGUAUUGUAGGAAUGAAAGCUAUGAACGCAUAGGUGAAUGUUUGGAACAAAGUAGGUAAGACUGAUUUGAAGGGUUGUGGAUUGUGAAGGGGGGGGGGUAUUUUCUAUUAAUGUUGUAUAUUACCUGUGCUAUUGUGUUUACAGGUCUGAUAAAUUGCUGCAUCAUUGAUCCCUGGACGAUAAAGAUCAUCACAAUUAAACACUCUUGACUCACUAAUUGGCUGGGAAGCGAAACGUGAUCAAACAUUUGCUUGGUUAAACAUUACCUGGAAUAGCACCCCGUAGAUUUUGUCGGCAAAAUGCAUUUCCAGCUAACAGGGGUCGGUUUGGAAAAUAUCCUUCCCAGCAAAGAUCUUAUAGCAUAAGAUCUUUGCUUCCCAGCCCUUGGCUCGAUUGAAGCGAAAGGGUGGUGCACAGAAUGGAACAGGUUUUACAUAACUCCUGGCUCGACUUCAAGUGCCAGACGGGUUAACACACAAGUUGCAUGUUGAAACUGGUUUCCACGCCCAGAACUCCAGUACCUUUCCUCCCCCCGUCGCCUCGUUAGUCACUCGUUCACUUUGGAAGGUGCUACAGAGAAAGUACCCGCAGAGCGAGGUUCUCCAAGGAGGGGGAAUCGGGCAAAGGUUCCCCAGUUAUCGCCGGGCCUGUGUUUACAAAGAGGUGCACUGAAUCAACCCUGGGUAUUCCACGUGAAAAUCUGCCAACAUGAACUUAUCUUCCCACAUCUCUUCCCACAUCUCUUCCCUGGGAGACGAAUACAAAUCUAACGAUUAUGUUGAGCCGCACUAUAAAGAGUGGUAUCGUUUGGCUAUUGACAAGUUGGUGGAUGAAGACAUUUCUGGCUAUGAGGAGUUUCUGGCAAAAGAAGGGCUGAGCUCAUUCCUGGCUGAGGAGGAACUUUAUUUCAUCAAGGACAAUGCCAGGAAGUUGGCUCAAACAAGCAUCAAUAGUUCCGAGGAAGAUACGGAUGGCUCAUCCUCUGGCACUUACUGGCCUCUUGAGUCCGAUACAGAAGUCCCCGACUUAGACAUGGGAUGGCCGUACGUUGUAAAAUGCUUGGAGACCCAAACCAAUGUUGAGUUACAUUUCCAUCCACCAAGAGAAGAUUCGCCCACGGUCAAGGAGAUAGUGAGGAAACUCAUCAAGAAUGCACGACAGGUCGUUGCAAUAGUGAUGGAUAUGUUUACUGAUGUAGACAUCUUCAAGGAAGUGCUGGAUACAGCUGCCAGAGGUGUUCCAGUCUACAUUGUGCUCGAUGACACCAACUUCAAACACUUCACCACCAUGUGUGAGAAGCAGGGGGUUCACCUCCAGAGGCUCAUGAAUAUUAGGAUCCGAACAGUCAAGGGAUUAGAUUAUCUUUGCAGAUCGGGAAGCAAGUUCCAUGGAAAGAUGAUGGAGAAGUUUCUGUUGGUGGACUGCAAAACAGUGGUAUAUGGAACAUACAGUUUCAUGUGGUCCUUUGAAAAGAUACACCUUAGUAUGGUGCAGGUGAUCACUGGGCAGCUCGUGGAAUCAUACGACGAAGAGUUUCGGACAAUAUAUGCCCGCUCUGAUAUCCCCAGCAUGUUCUCGACAGAAAAUACGGCAGAGAAAAGGCAACCACAGAUCUUUCAAAACGGAAUUAGCCGUGACAUUUACCAACAUUCGGUGAAGUCGAAUGUUUCAUCUUCCAAUCUGCACCAGCCUUUCAGCCGAACGAACCCCACGAGACACACCCUCGACACCUUGUACCAAAAGUUUAAUGUAGGACGCAAUGUACAGCAAAAUGAGUGGGAUAACAUCAGCAACAAAAUGAACCCGCGGACUGUGUACACCAAGCCUUUUGUUACAAAUCAUAUGGAUCCAACGAAUAGAGUGGGUCGUCACCAGGCUUUUGAGAAGAGUGAUUAUUGGAAAAGGCACAGCUAUGCUGGGGAGCAGCAAGAAACAUCUGCCAGACUUUUGUUGAAUCAAUCGACAAAUCACAGACCCUUAUUUCAACGAAGCAGCCAUAAUUUACUGGAGGAAAAUGAAAGCAUAGGUUCUUCAAUCCGAGGUGAUUUUAUGCAACGAACACAUGGGAAAUACUUUGAGCAGCGGACUCAGGAAAGAAAUAUGCCAAAUUUCGAUAGGAGUUCAAGAAUGCGGAACACUUACCACGGGCCCAAUAUGCUCCAAUUGGCCCCCACCCACAAGCUGCCCACCCUGGCGAGCAUGAAAAGGACAGGGCUGCGGAACUGGAGGAUAGAAAGUUACUUAAAUGCACCCAAUGCUUCACAAACAAACUCCAUCAUUGACCCAUUAGAACAUAAGGCUCCCAGCAUGAUGGACAGGGGAGUGAACUCCAUUGGCCACAGAGUGCAAGAACAUUCAGAAUUAAUGGGCAGAGCAGAAAUCAAUACCAAUCCAAAUCUAGUGCAUUCCAGGUUGCGUGCUUCAAUUCUAUACAAGGCUCCUCAAGUAGGGGAGGAGGGCACCAGAAGUCAUAACUCAGAAUCAACAUCUUCAACUAUAGGUUCAGAUUCCAUGCCAGCAAUUCCACAAGUCCUGGCAGCGAACAAAACGAUACAUUCAUUGUUUAACACGGACAAAAGUAACUCCCAGAAUUAUGUGAAUGCACAAGCUGGGGCAGUGUUAGAGCAUCGAUCUGCAGCAUUAAAGGCUUUCCAAAGUGACACCGAGUUGAAUCAAACUUCCAACCUCCAACGUCAACAUAGUUUUAAUCAGAAGUUCCAAAUGCAUGCGAAUGAACAAAGCUCAGCAGUGCCCACAUCAAACAUGAACGCCGCUGUUGGCAGGACAUUAUCAAUCCCAGCUCUGAGCAAUAUGAAGGGGAAUGAAUCUCCAAGGAUGUGGCGUUUAGAGAGAAACGGCAAGACGCAUGACCAACAUUCGACCUUCAUUCGGAAGAGCUCAGACAAAAUCCGAUCUCUACUCAACAUCUCGACUGAGAAGAGAGAUCAUGGAUUGAGAAGCAGAGGAUCCGUUGCAUCCUACAAAACGAGUAGCAGCACUGAUACUUUGACCUCAGAAGAUGGCCGUCACGAUAGGAUAAAUCUUACUGGGAAUGAGGAAAGUGUUAAGACAGUGAGCAUAUCUUCAAAUUCCUCAAACACUCCACAAGUUGCUCGAUCCAAUCAGAAUGUGCAGCAAAAUGCAAAGACCCACUUGCAUGCAAAAGAUUUUAGGUCGAUGGGCGAUGAGUCCACUCCAAGAUUUUCCACAGAAAAAGUGCAGAUCAGACAGGAGAACACAAGUACCAGUCCCACUGUAUCAUACACUUCUCGGGUAAUUAGGACCAACACCGAGGAGGCCCAACCCAAAAUCAACACCACAAAAACGCAGCACAAUCCCAGCGAGCGGAGAGUCUUCAGCCGUUUUGAAAAGCAAUACGAAACACCAAAUAGUAAGCCAACACUGGAAGAAACAGGUUCAAAUUCAUUGCCAAGACGUCCACUAACGAGCAGCAACAAUACCGCAGCUGCCAAUGAUGUACGCCGGAGUUUACGAUUGUUUACGACUCAAGGAAAUCAUGCUCGGCCAGCAGCUCCCCAUCAUGAAAACAAGUUUGAAAAAUUUAUGCAGAAGUUUGUGGGGACAUUCAAACCUAAAAAAUAAGAAGUUAAAAUCUUUUCCACUGAAAUUGCUUUUAUGCCACACUAAUGCUGAUGUUAACAAAUUUAACACAUCAACAGCAACCCAAAAUAUAACGUGGUAAGCUUGCACUAAAUGUGAUUGUAUUUUGAAGGCUUCGGUCUAAAAUGCAAAAAUGAUGUCGGAGAUACUGCAAAAAGCAAACAUUUCUGUUCAACUGGUUUUAUGUUUUGAACUCAUUGUACAAUAUUUUCUUUGAGAAGGUGAGGAUUACUUAAUGCCAUCUAUUCAGUAUUUGAGAUUCUUGUUCUGUUUAUUGCACUGGAGGUGUGAACUCCUGCAUUCACUAACUGGGGAUGCACAUUUUGCCAAAUCUCUGAGACGCUUGAGUAUUAUAGAGAUGUCUAUGAUGAGAAAAAUACUUUUCACACAGAGAAUGGUGAAGCUCUGGAACUCUCUGCCAGAGAAGGUAGUUGAGGCCAGUUCAUUGGCUAUAUUUAAGAGGGAGUUAGAUGUGGCCCUUGUGGCUAAAGGGAUCGGGGGGGUAUGGAGAGAAGGCAGGUACGGGAUACUGAGUUGGUUGAUCAGCCAUGAUCAUAUUGAAUGGCAGUGCAGGCUCGAAGGGCUGAAUGGCCUACUCCUGCACCUAGUUUCUAUGAGGUAUGCGAGCCAAAAACAUUAGGUAAGCUGCAAUUUAGGUAAGAAGAUCACCCUGUGUAAAUGAUAUGAAAUCAAGGAGGAAAACAAUUGUCUGAAGGUAGUGGUAUACUUUCUCUCAACAUCAGAUGCCUGCUGGCACUCUUUGGAGAAGUUGAAUGGUAUUUUGUAUUGGUUUGUGCUUCAAUUUCCAACCUUUCCAGGUUGGGGAUAUCCACAGGUCGUACUGAUGUUGACAUCAAGCGGGAGACUCACUGUUUAGCAUUUGUUGCCACAGGAGGUGGGACCUCUUGCUUCUUGGGACACUGGCUCACACUCUCAAGAACUCAACAUCAGCAUUCACCAGAGAACUCCUCCCAGAACUUCACCUGAAGACAACGAAUGUGUUGCCACUCCUGACUGACAUGCCAGUUUUCCACAAAAGCAUCUUUUGUAGAAUGGAGGUGAGGAGGAAAGGAUGCUUCCAAUAAUGGGAGAGUCUAGGAUCAGAGGGCACAGCCACCGAAUAAAAGAAAGUAGCUUCAGAAUGGAGUUGAGGAAGAAUUUCUUUAGCUAGACAGUGGUGAAUUUGUGGAAUUCAUUGCCACAUUCUGCUAUGGGGCUAAGACAUUGUUUAUAUUUAAAGUGGAGAUCGAUGGGUCAUUGAGUAGCAAGGGGUUCAAAUGUUAUGGUGAAGAAGGCAGGAGAAUGGUAUAGAGAGGGAAAGAUAGAUCUGCCUUGAUCGAAUGAUCGAGCAGACUGGAUGGGCCGAGUGGCCUAGCUCUGCACCUGUGCCCAUUGGUCUUGAGCUGUGUCACACGGCAUCUUUUGUGACUGGUCUUCAAGGGGAGACUCACUGUUUAGCAUUUGUUGCUAAACUCACGCUUCACAGUGGCUCACAGUUCAACGAAGAGGCUGCGGUCAGUGAGUGUGACAGUGAGUGUGGGAGAGGAGGAGGGAGGGCCUCUGCAUCCGCCAUUCUCUUGGGCUCACACAUUGUGAGACAUGACGUCUUUUGCAGGACCCACUUAGAAUAGCAGAGCUGAUGGAAGGAACGGGCAGAGGUUUAAGCGGAGCAGCAAGCACUUGUGCAGGAGGGACGGGCAGGACAGGGCAGGGAGGUCUCCCACUGACACAGACUCAGACCCAGACCCUGCCCCUUCCUCUCCCACUGCCACAUCAACACCUGUGCCUUCUCUCCCUCGGACAGUGAGCCAUGGUGCAUCAACCAUUGCCCUCCACACCAUCCGUGAACACGACUUCCACUGUUCUACCCCACAGAAGUUGGAUUCCUUUAGUCCAGGCACUCACCCUCGGGGAAAUUCUCCCUCAGUCAGUUGCUCUCAAUGUCAAUGUUCAGUGUCCUUCACACAGACAGUCAAAUUUUGAAUGUGGAGUAUUAUUUACACCACCAUAUUGUGCAUGCAGUACAUGCAGUUAAGGAUACAUUUCUACGCUGAAACUCAAGAAUCUAUUUUGGUGACUCUGAACAAGUUUAAAUUGUGGGGGUCAGCAAUUACCAGGGAAACUGUGUCCAAAUCCAUUUUAAACAUAGUUUAGUUCAGGGAUACGACAUGGAUAGAGGCCCAUCGGCCAACCGAGUCCACGUUGACCAUCCAUCACACGAGUUUUAUAUUAUCCCAAUUUCUCACCCACUCGCUGCACACUGGGGGCAAUGUUAUAGGGAACAAUUAAUCUACAAACCCUCACGUCUUUGGGAUGUGGGUGGAAACUGGAUCACCCAGAGGAAACCUAAUUGAACCCAAUACAGGGAGAAUGUGCAAACUCCACACAGAUAGCAUCCAAGGUCAGGUUUGAACCCGGGUGCCUGACACUGGUUGAGGCAGCUGCUGUGCCACUGUGCCACCCUGUAUAUAAAUCCACACUUUUAAACAUAGUUCAAUGUCCAUUUGUGCACCCUUUAUUUCCAUGUGUGUCUGCUCUCCAUUCAAAUCCCCUAUGUUUGCCUUGAUAGACCUCGUUCCAUUUUACUCCAGUGCUCUACAUACUGAACUAAUGAUAUUUGAAUAUGCACAUUCAGGGAAACCUCAGCCUCCACAUCCUCCAGUAUUCUUGAGAAACUGAGCAUCAUCAUUUCUGCGAUGGGAUGAUCCCGGAACUUUCACUGGUUAUAAACAAAGAUUAUAUUGAAUGCAGGCACAAAAUGCUGGAGUAACUCAGCGGGACAGGCAGCAUCUCUGCCUAGAGUAGGAAUGGGUGACAUUUUGGGUCGAGACCCUUCUUUGACCCAUGACACCACCCAUUCCUUCUCUCCAGAGAUGCUGCCUGUCCCGCUGAGUUACUCCGGCUUUUUGUGUCUACCUUUGGUUUAAACCAGCAUCUGCAGUUCCUUUCUGCACAUAAUAUUGAAUGUGUUGUAUCAAAUGCUUCUCUCUUGUUUCCUGUAUUAUAUUCAAGGCACAGAAAUAGAAACAUUUUUGAAUUUCAGCUGCUAUCUUUAACAAAUUUUGUACAGAGGGGUUUAUGAAAAAAAUGGUUGAUUUAUUAAACUUUUGGGAUUUUUAUUGAAAUCUGCGACUUGGUAUUUUUUAAUGCUGAUGGUAAGAACGUCUCUUGUGCCCAUUUCAAUGCCGUGUUUUCUUCGUAAAGGACUCCGCAAAUAUCCCCAAGAUAACCGAAAAUAGACACAAAUUGAUGGUGUAACUCAGCGGGCCGGGCAGCAUCUCUGGAGAGAAGGAAUGGGUGAUGUUUUUGGUCAAGACCCUUCUUCGAUUUAAAUCAGCAUCUGCAGUUCUUUCCUACACAUUUUAACUUCUCCCCAAGAUAACUGAUGAGCUCCAAAUAGCCUAUAAUGAGGGAUAAGCUCACUGGGCUCAAGGCAGACGAAUCACUGGGACAUGUUGGAACAUUGCCAAAUGAUUUUAAAGGAAGUGGAUGCAAAGAUUGUGGAGCCAUUGGAUUAGAUCGUUCAAAGCUCAUUAAAUUAUGGAGGAUACCAAAAGAAUGCAAAAUAUGACUUUCUUGUUCAUAAAGGGCAGAAGACAAAAAGGAGUGGAAUUUUUUGGGCAUUAAAUCAAGUAGUCAAGUUAUUGUCAUUUGUGCAAGCAGGGUGCGGUGCAGGUAAGAUAAAAAAAAUUGUGCUUGCAGCAGCAGCACAUGUAUGUAGAUGCAGACAAUGCACAAAAUAUAAAUUCUAUACAAAUGAUGCAUAAGUUGUAUUUAAAUUACAAAAAGACAAUGAAAAGAAAUAGACUGCAAAAACAAAAUCAAACCGUCAGUGCAAACACAAUUAGAAAACAAGUCCAUGGUAGGGCAAGAGGUUUAGUCUGGUUUAGUUUAGAGAUACAUCAUGAAAACAGGCCCUUCGGCCCACUGAGACACUGCUGACCAUUGAUCAUCCAUUCACACUCGUUCUAUGUUAUCCCACUUUCUCAUCCACUCCCGAUACGCUAGAGACAAUUUACAGAGAACAAUUUACCGUAAGAGCAUAAGCUAUAGGAUAAGAAUUAGAACAUUCGGUCCAUCAAGUCGACUCUGCCAUUCAAUCAUGGCUGAUCUAUUUUCUCCUCUCAACCCCAUUCUCCUGCCUUCUCCCCAUAACCUUUGAUGUCAUAACAAAUCAAGAAUCUAUCAAUCUCCGCUUUAAAAGUACCCAACGUCUUGGGACGUGGUGGAAACCGGGACGCCCUGAGACAACACAUGCGAGCAAAGGGAGAACAUGCAAACUCCACACGGACAGCACCUGAGGUCAGGAUUGAACCCAGGUCUCUGGCACUGUGAGGCAGUGGCUCAGCCAGCUGCACCACUGUGCCGCUCUACAGAGGCGGGCUGUUUCAAGGAAGAAUGAGGAUUGUGCCAUAGGUUCAAGAAGCUGAUAAUUGGAAGAAGGUGGAUGCUCUUGAAUCUGGUGGUGUGGGACUUCAGGCACCUGCCUGGCGAUUCAACCUUCUGCCCGACAGUUGCAAUGAGAAGACCACACAGCCUUGAUUGUCCAUCUAUUGUUGGCGAGGUGCCAGAGUCAGUAUUCAAAGAGGAAAUAACUCAUCAUAUACUGUACAAAACCUGAAUAGAAUCAAACUUGGUCGUUACAGAUCAUUAGACAGGUUCAUGGGUAGGACAGGUUUGGAGGGAUAUGGACGAAGGUGGGACUAAUGUAGCUAGGACAUGUUGGCCUGCGUGGGCAAGUUGUGUCAAAAAGCCUGUUUCCACACUA